AUGUCUGUCUCCCGCAAUGGAAUGUCUAACCGCGGGGAUGAAGAUGAGGUCUGCCCCGUCUGCAAAUCCUCGAGAUAUCUGAAUCCAGAUAUGCGGUUCCUCAUCAACCCGGAAUGCUAUCAUAAAAUGUGCGAGUCAUGUGUGGACCGAAUAUUCUCGUCUGGUCCUGCGAACUGUCCGGUGGCAGGGUGCCAUAAGACAUUGCGAAAGAACCGAUUCCGAAAGCAGACUUUUGAAGAUAUAAACGUGGAAAGGGAGGUUGAUAUAAGACGCCGGGUGAUGCAAGUUCUCAACCGCCGCGAAGAAGAAUUUGCCUCCAAACGAGCCUACGAUGACUUCCUCGAACAACGCGAAGAGAUCAUUGCCAACCUUGUCCACGGCACUGAUGUUGCCAAAACCGAAUCCGACCUUCAGAAAUACGCAGCAGACAAUAUGCGCUCCAUCCGCAGCAACCAAGCCCUGGAAGCACAGGAGGCAACUACAUUCCAGGAGCAACAGACCCUGGAACAAGAACAAGCGCGUCUCCGCCGGCAGGCUGCAAGAGAAGAAUACGAAACUCAGCGACGUGAGCUGCUCACAAGCCGAGAAGAUGUGCUUACCCGUCUAGCCAGCGGUCGACCAGCCGACGCAGCUGCCAUUGCGCGCGAGGGCCACAAAGUUCUGCUCAAGAAGUCUUCUGCUCGUCGUAGCGAAGAGGAGCGCAUCAGGCAAAAACAGGCAGCCCUCAGGAGCUCGGAAGCCCGGAAGCCCAGCCAAGGUGUUGCUGUCGACUCUGGCGGCUCUGGCGACUCUGGUUUGAUCAAGGGUCUCAAGAAAAUCGAGACCCCAGAGCCCGAAAAGCCGUACGACCCCUUUGCAGGAUAUGUGCCCAACAAGCGGGACUAUUUUACCUUACAGGACUCCUACCCAUCCAGUUACCUCAAUCCCCUCAAACAAGACCCUCGUGUACAGGCGGGUGGUUACGAUCUUCGGGAGUACUACUCGCGGACUCUGCUCGAGGCCUUUGCUGGAUUGGGCUGCUUCGUUGAUGAAGAGAUUUCUAAAUGA